AAAGAUACUGAUAAGAGAGAAGGGAAAGAAAGAUAAAGAAAUACCAAACCACUCUCCCAUUUCUCGUUGCUUCAAAGUUCAAACCUAACCAAACUCUUGUGCGGUUUCUCCUCUCGCUCUUCUUCACAGAAAUGGAGGUUGCAGCCAAAGCGUUGAAACCGAGUUUAAGGAGAGAGUUUUUCUUCCAGCAAACGCUUUGCGAAGAAAUUUUGUGCCUGAACGCGAACACCGUCGCCGGCGGCGAAGAUUUCUCCGUGGACGACCUCCUUGACCUCUCUGACGGCUCUCUCCACUACGAACAGCAAGAGUACGACGGAGGAAAGGAAAGCUUAUCCGCUUCGUCGCAGUCCCAGGACCGCGGAGAAGACGAUAGCAACUCCAAUUCCACCGGCGUUUCCAAUGAUUCCAUUUUCUCCACCGAAUUAGCCGUUCCGGCCGGUGAUUUGGAGGACCUAGAGUGGGUUUCUCACUUUGUGGACGAUUCUCUGCCGGAGCUUUCUCUUUUAUACCCGGUUCGUUCGGAGCAAACAAACCGGUUCGUUGAACCGGAGCCUAGCGCGAAGAAAACUCCUCGUUUUCCCUCUGAAAUGAAAAUCACCACCAAGGCCCGAACCACAAUGAACAGAAAGCCCAAAGCCCGUGUCUGGUCGCUCAGCUCGCGCCCUUCUUCGCCGUCAUCAUGUUCAUCCUCCGUGACGGCGCCGCUUGUCGUGUUGAGCGAGCCGCCAGCGAAAAAGCAGAAGAAAAGGGCCGAGGCCCAAACCGUUGGGGCCCAGGUCCAACGACGGUGCAGUCAUUGCCAGGUGCAGAAGACGCCACAGUGGAGAACCGGUCCACUAGGCGCCAAAACCCUUUGCAACGCGUGUGGGGUUCGGUACAAGUCGGGGCGGCUUUUUUCGGAGUAUAGACCGGCCUGCAGCCCCACCUUCUGCAGCGAUAUUCACUCCAAUAGCCACCGUAAAGUUUUGGAGAUACGCAAGAGAAAAGGCAUGGCUGGACCGGAUACCGGUUCGGUUCAGAACCACACGGUUCCCACUUGCUGAAAUUUUUUCGACUAGGGAAAAAGCAGAUUAGGUUUCGUAGAAGAGCGGGAGAGGUGGGUCAGAGGCGGAGACUUGGAGUGUGAUGGAAACAUUAAAGUUGGGUGGCUUUUUAUUUGAGACCACCGAAGCUGUGUUAGUGCCAAAUGGAGUGGUCAAGUGGGUGGAGGCGGAUUGGUUGAUCUUUAGCAUCGUGUUUUUGGUUUAAGUGACCAUAUGAUAAUCGUUGACAAGUAGUGGGUCAAUAAGGGUCAUCUCUUGUUCGUGACUUGGAAAUAUGCGUUCCCCCGCUUGGAUCCUAAUAGUUGCUAGUGCAGUGUGCAAUUGUUUUUAAGUGCUGUGUAGGGAGUGAAUGUUUAUUGCAAUCUAUGUAACGUGCGUGCAUGUGGGUGAAGUAGUUGUUAGUGGUGGGGCAACAAAUUAUUUUAUAGGAUAGGAUGAACUACAGUGACGAUGGUAGCAGCAACCAUUCAAUGAACAACGUGCAUCGGAUGGAUGAGGAUGGAGGAUUGUUAGUAUUGAAUCUUCGGACUUUUGAAAGUGGAAACCUAUCAAAUUAAAAAAGCAAGGUCCAUUCUACUUGGAUAUGACUUGCGCACCACUUUGGGGGGAUUAAUCCGUGUUUGAUGCUCAAAUUAAUACAGAUGUAAAAAGUAAGAAAAAAUUAUGAGGGGGUGAGGUAGAUGAAAGCUGCGUUUAGUUUGUAAUUUUGCAUUUAUUUAUUCUUUUUGCUAAUAAUUGAUAAAAUAUUUUUUAAUUUACUUAUUUAAUAACUUAGAUAAUAAGAUGGCAUUUUUAUAGCUUAUUAAUAAAGCUAUAUCGAUGGGAGGAAAAAUGAGGCGCACCCUUUUGUUUCCAUUUUUUAGGAUACGUGUAUACUAUGGAAAGACUAAACUCAAUGGUGCAUAUUGUGUUAACAUAAUCGGUGUCAAUUUCUGUAGGGUUUGGAAGGAAUAGAUGCUACAGCUAGGCUAGCUCUCUAUAAGCAUCUUUAUCGAUCUAACAUUCCAAACCUGGCAACUCUAUUACCCUCAUUAACCGAACAUUAAAUUGAGAUCGAGCAAAGGUUCCAUGAGACCAUGAGGAAGCCUGAACAGAAACUAGUUUGUAUCGUGUAUCAUUAGCUCAUAGAGGAAGCCUUAAUGGGUAAGUGCUAAGUAGUGUGGUCGAAAAGGUUUGUAGCGUGCAUCACUGACUCACUAACAUAUACUCGACAUAGAACUUUGUUAGACAAUUAAGGACCAAGACUAACUCCACUUAACUCCAAUCAUUCACAGGUAUAACCAAACCUUUUUUCUUAGGUACAAAGCAAUAACCAAUCUUACUCCUAUAAAUCUCGUGUCAUUUCAUGGAAUCUAAGAUCGAGACUAUAUUUAUUAUUAUUUUUGGAACAACUCGGGACUUUGAAAUUGUCGAUGCUUGCUUACCAAAGACCCAACAAGAAAUCUUGGUUAGACUACAUGCUUGGGAUUG